AUGUAUGUGAAAUGGUUUGAUACAGUAAUGUUUUACUAUGUGAUUUUAGUGAAUUUAGUGAAUGUCACUUUUUGUCAUUUUCAAAUUUCCCACUGUUCCGUCCCCGUACGUCCCGAUGUCGCAGGGGACGGAACCCUCCGCCGGAGGACAAUACAGGGAACACUGCAGGAGGGACAUCGCGGGAGCGCAGGACAAGGUAAGAGAAGAACAGAUCCCGGAGUAGUGCCGGAUGGUAAGCUCGAGUGUAGCUCGGGGUUACCGCUUGUGCUACACUCGGGAAUACCGCCAGGGAGGCUA